AACGUCCUGCCUGCCACCAAUCAAAGGUGUUUAGUACGAAAACAUCGUCUCAACGUCCACCGCCGUGCUAAUUAGCCAAAGUCACCGUUUCCAUGACUUUACUGUGCCAGUAAAUCAAUUACCAAACCAACAAAACAUUCCGAAUUUACAGAGUUUUUUUGGUAUACAGACCGUCAAGUAAUGGCUGGUUUAACAGAAGAGCGUAUGCGCGUGGUGGCGAUAAUUCACGCGCUCAAAGCUGUCGGUAUCCGCGUGAAAAACUGGAAGAACCUUCUAAAUGGAUAUUCAAACUGUGAACAAACUUUUAGUAAGGAAAGCGUGUCACAAAGCUUUGCUUUUGGACGUGACCUGCACUUACUCCCACAACAUGAACUGUCUGACAUGGGCGGUACUGUACCUCAGUUUUUGGUGGAGGCCUGUGGAUAUCUGUCACAACACCUGCAUACAGAGGGUCUUUUCAGGAAGACUGGAUCAUUAAGUCGUAUUCGAGCUCUAAGGGCAGAUCUGGAGCAGGGAAAGCCAGUCUUACUUCCCUCGCAUGCAGCCUUCCUGCAGCCCUGUGACGUUGCCUCUCUCAUCAAGCAGUUCCUGCGUGAGCUGCCUUCUCCUCUCAUCCCUUCAGACCUGCAGUUCCCUCUGAUUCAGGCCCAGGGGCUUGAGAUGACACAUGACCAGGAGGGAGCAAGAAACAGAACAACUCUUCUCAUAACAGCUCUGUUUCCUUCAUCCCAAGCACGUGUACUGAGAUACCUCUGCACCUUUCUGCGCCAAGUUGCAGAGAGAUGCAGUGAAAAUAGAAUGCAUGCUACCAACCUGGCUGUUGUUAUUGCUCCUAACCUGCUUCAGUGUCUACCACCACCUUCAAAACUUACUCUGGACACGGACAAACAUUUAGACCAGCAGUCAUCAGUGAUCAAAUCACUUAUUCUUCAUGCAGAUCGAAUUGGUGUUGUUCCAUCAUGUAUACUGGAGGCAUCAAAAACAACAGGAGGAGCCGAGACGUCCUCUCCUACAGGUGGCGCUAUGUUUAAUAAGAGGACAGGACUCAGUGUUUACAGAAGUGUGAGAAGACAACGGAGGCGAAGUGUUGGUGAAAUAUUCGUAGAUGCUUUUUCCAAAUUGAAGCCAAAUCGUACUCUUACUGGACCUCCAAUAGUCUUAGACGUCAUGCCAGUGACUCCUCUCUCAAAAAGCCCCACCUCUCAAUCACCAGUGACAGUCAAACGCAAAGCUGCUGAGGAAUCACUUCCUGAACUUGAAGGAUCUGCAAGGAAAAGGCGGUCUCUGCAUGACCUAAGAGAGGACACACCGACUUCCAUCACCCAGUCAAAAGAAUCUGUAAGCAGUCAUAGUGCCCUUGAAGAAAAGUGUGGUGAAGAAGAUCCCAUUCCCACCAUUUCCAAGAAGAAAAACCACAUUAGAGAACAGCGGAAAUCACAUAAGGCUCCAGCACAAGAAGAAAAUGUGCGUCAGAGAAAAAGAUCUCUCCGAUUUUUUGCUGUGUCCAGUGGCAACAGCAGUAACCAUCCUUUAGUGAGACAAACACAAAAAGACUCUGAAAAUUGUGAAGAACACCAAGAGCAGCCUGACUGUAAAAGUGGUUUACAACUUACAAAUGCUGAUGUAAAGAUACCACUUAUCCUCAUUGAUGGAACACGAGGAGUUGUUGGAAAUGAGGUGGACGAUGACCCUGAUCUUCUCAACUGCAGUUUUGUAGAAAGCCCUAAUGACUGUCUGAACAUGGGAUCUGAAGUAUCUUGCAUUCAAAGACAGAAAAGUGAGGAACCCUGUGAUGAUGAAUGUUGGACCGUGCUUGAAAAUGAACACUUUGAGCAGUUAGGAGAAUGCAAGGUAAUACAAUCUGUCACUCAAAACAAAGGGUCUCCGAUAAAUGCAAGCACAGAAGUAGAGACUGAGCCAGAGGUGAAGCAGCCACGUAAAGAGUCUAAAAAAGUGAAGAAUUGCUAUAAAAACCGAUCUCGUCCUCGUAGAUCCAUAAGCCUACCUGGGGUGAAACUGGAGUCAUGUACUGAAGAGAUGCCCAAGUUGGAAAUGGAAGUUGGUAGAGCAGAAACUGAGAUGGAUAACAGGGUCUGGCCAAUGUUUGCUAGUCUGACCCUUUCAAAUGAGCAGGGAAAUGUAACCAUGGAGAAGAAAUUGGGUGUCAAAGAAGUGCAAGAGGCCAAAGUGAAAACAUUAAAGAAUUCUAAGCAAGACAAGAUGGCAGAUUCAACUCUUGGUUUCAAAAGACCCCAUCUGCGUUUGUCCGUGGCUGAGCGACUUCGGGGCUUUAGUGCUUUGACAUUGCUUCUUCGGACAUCACGGACAGCACCUCAGUUUCGGGAAAAACCACAGGAAUCCCUUCAAAGGGGACCCACACGUCUUCGGAGACAAGGUGCUCGACGGUUCAGUCGCUCGAUCAGUCAUGAGGGAGUGUCAGAGAGACUGCCAGAGCAGAGCCCUGUGGGAUCUCCACCAGCAAAUCAGGCUUUCACAGGUAUAUGUGACGCUAGCCCUGAUUCAGGUGUGGAGUCGGUCGAUCAUGAACCGAUUACUGAUUUUAAUCAUCAAGAGGUGUGCAAUAUGUCACAAAGUUCCCCUAAUGUUCAGCUGACAAAUGAUGUGGAUGCGGAUCCAGUUUUGCCCACAACAGACAAAACUGAAAAUCAGUUUCUCUGUAGUCAAAUAGAGCAGGAUGUCGGGGAACUUGAUCUUCAUAAACUAUUGGAUCAGAAGUGCCACAUUGAUGGUAAUGAGCAAGAUGAUCAUCAAGAUUUAAAUGUUUCUGCGGAAGUUCUUACACCUUGUCUUGCAUCUACAAUGUUCUUCCAGCAGAUGAUGCCAUUGAAUCUCUUCAAAGACACAAGCUCAGCCGAAGACUUCAAAACGGAUCAAGUCUCUCUGAAUGAAAGUGACAAGGAAAGCUCCUCCUCAUGGCUGAAUGCCACUCCUCCAUUUGUAUUUCCACCUUUUGCUGCUUUGUCACUUGAUGGUGUUAUUUCUGAAGAUGACUCAAGUAAAAACAUGCCUUGCGAUCUGUCCCCUCCAUCCUUUCAGUUUAGGCGUCCGACUGCAAGGAGGCUCUACAGAGACUCUCCCCGCUGGCCCUCGCAUGAGGUGCGAAUGUCUGCUUGGAACCCAUUGCCACUUUAAAAGUUUAGUUCUUUCAUUUUUAUUGGUUAAAUAAAUAUCAGUUCCUAGUGACUGGGAUCUGAAACUGGUUUGUGUAAUCAUUUAAUUAUUAUUUAUGGAACAGUGCUUUUAUUUUAUUUUUUUAUGUUUGCGAGCUGUCACAAAUUUUAUUUGUUCUUAAUAAAAAUCUGUUUUAAUAGUUGA